AUGGAGAGAUUACCACUAAUUAACCUAAUAAUGACCCUCUUCAACAUUCCAUUAUUAUGGAAAGAGUGUCUCUCUUCAGCCUUCAGAACAGCCUUAGCUUGCACCAUAGUUGCAAGUGUGACACUUUACGGACCAACUUCAGUCACAACUUUCAUAACAUUUCCCGCCUUUUCUUACGUCGUCGUGAUUCUCAUUAUCAUAAACGACGCGACGUUAGGAGACGCGCUGCGCGGUUGUUGGCUCGGGCUUUACGCUACAAUUCAAAGUUUAGGCCCGGCUAUGUUGAGCCUAUGGGCUAUGGGCCCAAAUAGAUUCUCUAAAGGGACAGCUUCUGUUGCUGUGGCUUUGGCUGCAUUUGUUGUGGUUUUGCCUUCGGAUAAAUCAACACAUUUGAUAGCAAAGAGAAUUUCAUUGGGACAAAUUGUGUUGGUGUAUGUUUUGGCUUAUUCUAAUGGUGUUCAUGUUGAUGCUUUUGUGCAUCCUCUUCAUUUGGCUGCUAGUACUUUUUUGGGUGUAAUUGCUUGUGUCGUUGCAUUGCUUCUUCCUUUUCCACGUUUUGCUUGCUCCCAGGUGAACAAAAAUUAUAAACUAUUAACAAAUAAUAUUUCAAAGAGAUUAAAGCUUCUUGUAAAGAUAAUUAAGGAGGAGAAAAAUAUUUCUGCAUUUGGAUUAAUCUCUCGCGCUAAGUUCUUGACGAUCAAACGAACCAAGAUCUUUUCAACCAUCCUACGUUACCUAGAUGGUAUGAAGUGGGAGAGGCUUCCGAUUAAUUUUUUCAAACCACAUUACAAUAACUUGGGAGAGAGACUUCAAGAGGUAGAUACAAGUCUUAUAGGAAUGGAAUUAGCUUUAAGUUGCACCAAAUCAUUCCCAAUAAACAUUCUUAACCAAGACCUAACACAUGGUCUAGACACACUUGAGGAACAUGUUAACCUAACCAUAAAAAAUGCUAAACACACCUUCCUAGGUAGUGGUUCACUUACUGUCCCAGAAACCAAUUCAAAAAACAUCACACAUUUUCUCCAAUCCCUUUAUACCAUUCCAACUACUCAACAAGAAUUACCCAUCUUUUUCUUCCUAUUUUGUGCCAAACUCCUUCACAUGAAACCAUCAACCCAAGGCCCAACUAGUUCUCAAGCCCAGCCCAUUAAGAAAAAAGAAAAUCAAUAUGAAGCUAAUGAUAAAUGGGCCUAUUGGGCCACAGCAUUAAAAAACACAAAUCUUCUCCCUGCAAUUAAGUACUCUUUCUCAUUGGGCCUAUCCGUUUACAUGGGCUUAUUGUAUAGCAAAGAAAGCGGAUUCUGGUCUGGGCUUCCGGUGGCCGUAAGUUACGUUUCGGGUAGAGAAGCUACUUUUCGGGCUGCGAAUGUUAAAGCCCAAGGAACCGUGAUUGGUACUGUGUACGGUGUGUUGGGAUGUUUUGUGUUUAAUCGAUUAUUGUCAAUUAGAUUCUUGUCUCUACUUCCAUGGUUUAUAUUCACGAGUUUCCUUCAACGAAGUCGAAUGUACGGGCCAGCUGGUGGCAUUUCGGCGAUAAUUGGGGCCGUUUUAAUUUUGGGCCGAAAAAACAUUGGCCCACCAAGCGAAUUCGCAAUAGAGAGAAUCAUUGAAACUUUUAUUGGGCUUUCUUGUUCUAUUUUUGUGGAUCUUCUUUUUUGGCCCAAAAGGGCUUCCACAUGUGCCAAAUUUGAACUAUCUAAAUGUUUGUCCAUUCUCAUUGAUUCAAUUGAGACAUUGAGCCUAGUUGACAAAACCGAUUUACAAUUGAAAGAAAACCAAAGAAAACUAAAAAUGCAAGUUAAUGAGCUUAAGAAAUUUGUGAUAGAAGCUGAAGCUGAGCCCAACUUUUGGUUUUUACCAUUUCAUAGUGGUUGCUAUAAUAGGCUUUUGGGCUCAUUAUCAAAGUUAGUGGAUGUUUUGCAUUUUGGAGCACUUGCAUUAAAAUCACUUCAACAAGAGUUUCAAAGAAGUGAUAAUAAUUCUAUGAAUGAGGAAGUGAACAUGUUACAAACUAAACUUGUACAUGUUAAGGAAGUUAUGUGUUGUUCUAUCAAAGGUCUUGAAGAAAUUUCCAAAAUGAAGUCAUUCAAGUUUGUUGAGAAAGAAAAGAAGAACAUGUCUUGGGAUAUUGAAAUGGGAAAGUCAAAAGUGGAUAGUGCUUGGCUUUCAAGUUUAGGAGAAGAUGGAACAAGAGAAAUUGUUGAGUCUUUUCUUCAAAAGUCAAGAGAUGUUGUUGAUAAUUUGUAUAGUGAUGAAGGUGAGAAUGAGGUGAAAAGUGAAGUUGUUUUGAGCUUGAGUGUUGUCGGGUUUUGCUUGAGUGUGUGCAUGCAAGGGACAAUUGAGAUUGAGGAGGCAAUGAGGGAACUUGUUCAAUGGGAGAAUUCAUCUAGCAAUAUUUAG